AGAGCCCACCACGGACCGCGAGAGGACGGCUCGCUGACUCAAUCUUCCCGAUGAGAACAGCUACCUCUGCAGAGACAGCUGAAGUACUAUAUCAGUCUAUUUGGAGAUACUGACUCACGAUUUCUACUCUAAACAUGUCAAACCUAGUCCCUGAUACGCAUAUACCCUCGAGCCCCGUAGCAUAGCACUCUUCAAGCUUCAUCGACAUCGACCACCACGACGCCCUGCCCAUGGACCUCCCACCUCCGGCUCCCAACCAGCCCUACAUCCAAGUCUCUGCUCUCCUCCUAGGACUCUUCCGCUUCCCUCUCCCACUCUUCGUCGCAGACUCCAAUCCCACCGAUGUCAUACCCAAUUGUCCAGCCUUAGGCUUCUUUCUACGUCAUUCAGUCACAGAGGAGCAUAUAGUCUUUGAUUUGGGGAUUCGCAGGAAUACAGAGACGCUGCCUCCGGCUGUACAAGACAGGAUCAAGCAAUAUUUCUCACCGUGUAGGGUACCGCUGACUGCGGUAGAGGCUCUGGGGAAGGGUGGUGUUCAGCCUGAAGACGUAAAGACUGUGGUUGUCAGUCAUCUUCAUUGGGAUCAUAUCGGUGAUGCUUCCCCGUUCACCAAUGCCACCUUCAUCCUUGGAGGAGAGAGCGAGGAGGUCCUCCGAGAGGGCUACCCAACCAACCCAGAUGCACUCAUCGACCAAAACUGCAUACCCGCCGACCGUACGCGUUUCCUCUCCUCCUCCCUCUUCAACACAUCCAUCGGACCUUUCUCUCGUGCAUACGACUACUACGGCGACGGCAGUCUCUACAUCAUCGACGCAGCCGGACAUUUACCUGGACAUAUAAACAUCCUUGCACGCACGUCCCCAGACGGCGCUUGGAUUUACCUUGCUGGUGAUACCUGCCAUGACGUACGUAUCAUCAUGGGUGAGAGGGAUAUAGCCGUUCAUAUUCAGCCGGAUGGGAGUGUUUUGUGUGGGCAUUCGAAUUUGGAGCAGGCGAGGGCGCAUAUAAGUAAGGUGCGAGUGUUGUUUGAGAAUCCUCACGUCGAGGUGAAUUUGGCGCAUGAUUGGAGGUGGUAUGAGGCGGCGAAAGGGAUUCGCAAUGUCUUCUUCCCUGGUAUCAUCCCGCCUGUGAAGCCAUCCCCGAAUCAUAUACAUCCACAUUAAACGGAAAACGGGAAACUGCAAACAGUAAGACUGGUAUAUAGGUUCUAAAUAGUACACUGCAGAAUCCAUAUUUUUACAACAAGUUCCGAAAUGUAGUAUCAAGACUGUCCCGUUCCCCGAUGAGGUCCUAUUAGUACAAUAUUGAUGUACAAAAUGAAGAGCCAUGCUACGUCCUGCUCUC